AAGUCAUAAACAUUUCCCUUCCAUUUUUCCUCACCGUCUCUCACUCAUCAUCACCAUCUCCAUUACUUUCUCUCUCUAAAAAAAUUUGAGAGAGAAAAUGGCAACAACAACAAGAAGUUCAUCGGGAUUAAGUUAUCCAGAGAGAUUCUUUUCGGCAGCUUCUUAUGUUGGAUUAGGUCAAUCUUCCUCAAACUCAAAUUCAUCUUCAUCUAAAUCACCGAUCUCAAAUUUUAAAAAUGAUACUGCUUUGUUACUAUACGGAUUAUAUCAACAGGCAACAGUUGGACCAUGUAAUGUUCCGAAACCUCGAAUCUGGAGUCCUACGGAGCAAAGCAAAUGGACCAGUUGGAAUGGGCUCGGUAACAUGGCUUCAGCAGAGGCGAUGCGUCUUUUUGUGAAAAUCUUGGAGGAAGAAGAGCCAACAUGGUAUUCAAAAGUGCCGGAAUUUGUUAUUGAGCCUCUUGUAGAUGUGGAAAUUAAUAAUACAAAGAUGGAGUCAGUUGCUCCAAACGGUAACCAUUUUCCGGAACCAAAAACCAUUUCCACUGAAAAUGGCAUCCUUGCUGAGGCUCAGGAUAAGGAUGUUGUCACAGAAGGCAUUGGUUCUAUUGCUGUGUAUGAUCAAUGGAUUGCUCUUACAGUAUCUGGUCAACUCCCAAAAGCGCGCUAUGAGCAUGCUGCAGCUGUAGUUCAAGACUCGAUGCAUGUAUUUGGGGGAAACCACAAUGGUCGUUACCUUAAUGAUCUUCAGGUCCUUGAUUUUAGAAGUUUGACGUGGUCCAAGGUCGAGGUUAGCGCAAAACCAGAUUCUUCAGAAGUGUCUCCAGUACCUCUGCCUCCCUGUGCGGGCCAUUCCCUGAUACCAUGGGAAAACAAGCUUAUUUCAAUUGCUGGUCAUACAAAAGAUCCUACCGAGACUAUCACAGUAAAGGCAUUUGAUCUGCAGUCUUCUACUUGGUCGACAUUAAGAACUUACGGGGAACCACCGAUCUCACGUGGAGGUCAGUCUGUGACGCUUGUUGGAACUACUUUAGUCAUAUUUGGUGGUGAAGAUGCCAGUAGAUCUCUCUUGAAUGAUUUGCACAUUCUUGAUCUUGAAACCAUGACCUGGGAUGACAUAGAUACUGUGGGCAUGCCUCCUUCCCCAAGGUCAGAUCAUGCUGCUGCAGUGCAUGCAGAGAGAUACCUUCUCAUCUUUGGUGGGGGUUCACAUGCUACAUGCUUCAAUGAUCUACAUGUCCUUGACUUGGAAACGAUGGAAUGGUCAAGACCGAAGCAACAGGGUAGCAUACCAACUCCACGAGCUGGACUUGCAGGUGUAACAGUUGGCGAGAAUUGGUUUAUUGUUGGUGGAGGCGAUAAUAAAAGUGGUGCCUCAGAAACUGUAGUUCUUAACAUGUCAACGCUUGUCUGGUCAGUUGUAACAACAGUCCAAGGACGUGUUCCUAUUGCUAGUGAGGGCCUAAGUUUGGUGGUGAGCUCCUAUAAUAGUGAAGAUAUCCUAGUGGCUUUUGGAGGAUACAAUGGGCGAUACAAUAAUGAGGUUAAUAUUCUUAAACCAAGCAACAAGUCAACAUUGCAAUCGAAUAUAAUGGAGAGGAGUAUGCCCGACAGUGUUGAUGUGCAUCAUGCAACAAAUGCUACAAGAGAUGGGGAGUCCGAGUUUGAAUCUGGGAAAAUAAGGGAAAUUGUCAUGGACAAUGUUGACUCAGAUCCCAUGGGAUCGGGUAGGCACAACAUUAAAAGCGGUGAACACAGUGAACGGAUUAUAGCAGCCCUAAAGACAGAGAAAGACGAAAUAGAAGCUGCAUUUACAAAAGAGCAGUUGCAAACCCUAAAACUGAAGCAAGAGUUAGCAGAACAAUAUGGUCGAAAUACAGAUAUUAGCGAGGAACUUCAAUCUGUUCGUGCCCAGCUUGCUUCUGAGCAGUCGAGGUGUUUUAAACUCGAGGUUGAUAUUGCAGAGUUACGGCAAAAGUUGCAAACAAUGGAGACCUUACAAAAGGAGCUUGAACUCCUUCAACGACAAAAGCUUGCCUCUGAACAGGCUGCUGCAAAUGCCAAAAAGCAGCAAAGCUCAGGCGGUGUUUGGGGUUGGAUUGCAGGAAACCCUACUCCUCGUAACCGAAAAUCCGAAGACGAUUAUGACGACGAGGAUGAAGAUGCCUGAACUAGUUUCAAAUCCAAACCCAGUUAUAGUCGCUUGUAGUUUUUGUUUAAUAUCUCAUUUUUGUUCUUUAUAUUUGAUUAUUUAGUUCCACACUAACUAUUUUCUCAGCGUUAACUCGUUCUUUCUAGUGAUGGCAAUAAGUUUUCAGUUGUAUCUGUUAUAAUAGAUCUCCCAGAAAAAGGUUUCUGUAGAUGUUCUUUUUUUUUUCCUUGUAAAUUUUACUGCUGUCUGGUUUUAUUGAAGUUGUAUACGGGACAGAAAGAGAUUAUUUUGAUGAGUUAAACAAAGAGAUUAAAUCUUUAUGAUGUA